AUGGUUGCUGCUAAAAGGCUAUGGAUCAAGCUUAAAUUACCUUCAAAGUUUCUAGGGACUCUACCUAAAUUUGAACCAUUUGUAUCAAAAUCAAGAUUGAAGAAAAUAGCACAAGAGGAAAGAAGAAUAGCAGCAGGAUUACAAUCCUCGACCAAUCUGCAAAAAUCAUCACCAGCUCCUGAUGGAGGUUCAGUUACGCCAGCGCCAAAUGCAUCAACAUCAGGUGGAGGAGGAUCAGGGAGUGGAGGUAUAAGUCAAUAUAAAAUCAACGUCGGACUAAAAGAGUCAUCUACUGCAGGUUUAGCAAUGAAUAGUAUUAAUAGCGCACUAUAUGCAUUGGACAAAUCUGGUAAACCAUGUAAAAAAUGGGUUAAAAAGCAAAAACAAUUCAAGACAUUUACGGGAUUCAAGGUCAAUUAUUCUGGUUAUGUACCAAGUAACUCGACCAAUCCUUUGAAAAUAACCAUACGAAAACCAGAUGCGUCGAAAUCGAAAUCCAAUGGUAAAGCAGCAGGCUCGCCAAUAAAAGUAGAAGUGACGAGUUGA